CACCAGAUAUUCCUCUUCUAGCUUCUGGUCUCUGACUCUCCCUGUCGUAGAAAUUAAAGAUUUGGAAAAUUUGGAACUGCUGGAUCUGAGUCAAAACCAUUUUGAUGGCUCCAUACCCAUACGAGUCUCACCUUCCCUGAGGAAGCUGACAGCUCUGGAUCUAAGUGGUAAUGCAUUUUCUGCAUCAAUGGGAUGGCAAGGGAUUUGCGAAAUGAAGAACUUGCAAGAGCUUGAUCUCAGUCUAAACAAAAUUGUAGGUCCGUUUCCUUUAUGCUUAACUGGCUUAACCGGACUUCGAGUUCUUGAUCUCUCAUCAAACCAAUUGAGUGGGAAACUGCCAUCUACUCUCGGUAACCUUGGAUCCCUCAGGUACUUAUCAUUGUUAGAUAACAACUUUGAAGGCUUAUUUUCCGUUGGAUCGCUUGCCAACCUCUCAGAGCUGAGGGUUUUCAAACUUAAUUCGAAAUCCAAAUCACUUCAAGUAAAGUAUAAAGGUUCUUGGAUUCCAAAAUUCCAACUGAGUGUUAUUGAACUACCAUCUUGCAACUUAGUGAAGAUUCCUUAUUUUAUCUUAUCCCAAAAGGAUUUGAGUCGCAUUGAUCUUUCUGACAAUAAAAUAUCUGGAGCUUUUCCUCAUUGGCUGUUUGUCAACAAUACAAAACUCGAAGUUUUGUUUCUACAAAAUAAUUCGUUUACAAGCUUUCAGCUACAAGAAUCUGCUCACAAUCUGCAUUUCCUAGAUGUGUCAGCCAAUGCCUUCAAUCAAGAUCUUCCUGAAGAUAUUGGGUGGGUACUUCCUCAUUUAACGUAUAUGAAACUAGCUGGUAACGGUUUUCAAGGAGAUCUGCCUUCUUCUCUAGGUAAUAUGGAAAGACUUAAAUAUCUGGACGUAUCUGACAACAACUUUCAUGGAAAGCUUCCAAGAAGUUUACUAAUGGGUUGUUAUUCCAUGAUAAUCUUGAGACUUUCACAUAACAAACUAAGUGGAGAGGUGUUUCCAGAAUCAUUCAACUUAACACUUGUAGAGGAGCUGUCUAUGGAUAACAAUCUAUUUACAGGAAAGAUUGGUGAAGGUUUGCGGAACAUAGAAGUGUUGUAUGAGCUUGACAUUUCAUACAACAGUCUUACGGGUGAAAUUCCAAGUUGGGUUGGUGAAAUUAGAUUGUUAAACGCACUACUACUUUCCAACAACUUAUUGGAAGGUGAAAUACCUAUUUCUUUGUUCAGCAGCAACCGAUCUAAUCUUGAUCUGUUGGACCUUUCCGCAAAUACCUUAUCUGGGAACAUACCUUCUUCUUUGGAAGGUCCAGAAGUAUUACUCCUUCAAGACAAUAAAUUAUCAGGGGUUAUUCCAGAGAUGAGUACUGUCUUUGUACUUGAUCUGAGAAACAACAGAUUAUCUGGAUUAUUGUAUGGAUUGGAUCUCUCAGAAAAUGAGUUGAGUGGUGAUAUCCCAGCAGAGUUUGGAGAUCUUUAUGAACUGCAAGCUCUUAACCUUUCUCACAACAAGUUAUCAGGAUUAAUACCAGAAAGCUUCUCAGGUCUGAAGAAUGUGGAAAGUCUUGAUCUCUCCUUCAACAUGUUACAAGGCCGGAUCCCAUCACAACUAACAGAACUGAACAGCCUAGCUGUUUUCAAUGUCUCCUUCAACAACUUAUUUGGAGUCAUUCCACAAGGAAGACAGUUUAAUACCUUUGAUGCUCAAAGCUACUUAGGUAAUCCUCUUCUUUGUGGGCAAUCAAUCAACACAAGCUGCGACAGCAGUAGCUUUCAAGAAGCUGAUGAGUCUAUAGUGGACAUGGUAUCUUUCUAUUGGAGUUUAGCUGCAGCUUAUGUGACUAUACUUCUUGGAAUAUUCACAUCUCUCUCUUUUGACUCUCCUUGGAGUAGAUAUUGGUUCUACCUCGUUGAUGCUUUUAUCCACAAGGCCAAGAGUUUGUUAUGGUAAAAGGGGUGCCAAAUCCAUUUUUGUGCCCCCUUCUUCUUCUUCUCAAAACUUCCUGCUUUGUAUCACAUGAUCUAUGUACUGCUCCUGAAACUUUGAAUAAAUGUAAUGCCCAAACAUAUAUCUUAAAGCUUGUAUGAUGAUUUGUUCAAUAAAUACUAUAUUAAAAUACAAAAACUUGCAUGAAACGAUGUCAAGUUAGAAAAGAGUGUCAAACAGAAUAUACAUAGUAGAGACUUCCCGUUAAUUGCCAGCUCAAGAACUUCAGUUGUUAUCCUGCUGAAUAAUACUUCAGAAACAAAAACGAAGUAAAUUACCAUCAU